ACAUCAAGGAGGGAGGGUAGGAGGACAACUUCCGUUUCUGAUCACCUAGGUGAUCGCAGUGGAAGUGGGAGCGGGUACCUGUCAAAUUCGGGUACCUGUCCCCCCGCUCCCCAAUGGUGCCAAUCCUUACUGUUCCUCUAUCCAGCGGCGCGCUGUCUUCCCGGCUUGUGUAGUGCGGGCACUGGGCAUGACAGCCAAGUGCGCAUGCGCAAGAAUAGGUGCUUUUUGUGAAUGGUAAGGCGGUACCUGGGACGCAUGACCAAUCCCCAGAAGCCGCCGGACCAAUCACAAA